AUGGUCAGGCCGGCCCCUCAAUCUACUCAACAGCUUGAUGCUGAUUCUCUUGAUAAGAAUAAUAAACACUCAGAUAUCUACUAUUCAGGCGAGGCAAUAUCAGACCAACAGAUAAAGCAUCUCAAGAUAAUACUUGAGAUGAACAAGGGGAAGCAAAGAGUUCUAGAACUUGAACUACAACUGAAAAAACUCUGUCAACAGAGAUUCUCUACAGAUUAA